CACUACAACAUCCGAUUUAACAAACUGAUCGUAGUCUUCAGUCAAUACUUUGUUAAGUAGAAUCAGGUGUCUUAGUCCUGGGCUAUAACAAAAAUCUGCACCCACACCAGCCCUUUUCGGAUAACAUUGGCUACCCAGGCACUGUGCCUUGGGGCCCGCCUUCUCGACCAGGGCCCCUCCUCGAAUUGAUUGCCAAGCAGAAGAUUCAGAUUCAACGUUUUGGAGGGGCCCAGCAAUUAUUUUUUGCCUAGGUUCAGAAGUCUGGUCACGGCUCGGACUAUUCUAAAGGACUGGUAAAUUAUUUUUUUUUUAAAAAACGUUUUUUACAAUGAAGCCUUACGUUUCAAGUUGGUGAUUUUGCCUGGUAUUAGGCUACGUAAAUCGAUGCUGACGCUAAGUAUACGUUAAAAAAAUAAUUUCGGGUGAUAAACUCAUUGAAAUAAUGUCAUAGAUGGGACACAUUGAAGUUUCACACACUUGCCCCCUUCUUUCACUGACAUAUCAUGGCCUUAAAAUCUUUUUUCAAGAGACGGUAUGACACUGGGCUUAAGUGCGCAGACCGCACGAUAAUGAUUAAUGUCGUUGCUCAGUAGAAUGUUUUUAAGAAUGGCCUGCAGAGAAACGAUGCUGCGCUGAAGAUUCUCUUUCCAAUAGCGUCCCUUAUGACGUUCUCUCUGGGCUUCGCUCUGUGACAUAACACUCCGAAUAUUGGCAGUAGCCUAAGCGUAUAAGUACCAUGAAGCAGGCCGUUCUAUUUAGAUUGUUUUAUGGCGCUUUUUGUGAGAACAUUUGUAUUAUGGAUUUCCUCGCCUUGAGAGGCAAGAUUUCGAAAUUCAGAAGUGAAAACUUGAGGCUGAAAUCGGACAUCAGCCAGAGCGAGACCGAAGACUUUGGAGCCAAAUCAGUCGAAACUGACCCAGGACAGAGCUGGGAAGAACAGCAGCACCUAACGCAUGCUUUGUCCCUGCAAGGGAAAUCACAUAGCAUGCUGGACGCCUUCUCUAAGAUGUUCACUGAGAAGGCGGAGGUUAAACUGGCCCAUAUUAACAGAAAGUUUGACCUCACAUCAGAGGUGUCGUCCAGCUCGGUCCGAGCGCCGCACCUCAUCACACCUACCCCAGCACCUUCCCUGGCACGCGCCCCAACCCUGAGAACAAAUUUUGGAAGGUUUGAUCGCAUCAAUCCACCUGUCACCUCCACGCAGUCACCAAAAAUGGCGCAAAAGGUCGGCAAAGAGAGGUCUGGGUUCAAGAAUAUAAAGGCCCUCCCGCCCCAUGUGCCCGGCCCGUAUCAGCCUGGGUGCAUUUCGAGCAUGAUCAUGUCAGGCAACUGGCUGAGUGUGAAUGCGCUCAGCUCAGUCAGCUCCACCUAUUCGGCUGGGGGCUCAGGGGAGAGGCAGGGGAUGCUCCUCAAUCCAAAAGAUUCCCGCGUUUUCCUGCCCGAUGCCCCUGAAGAAACGGGUAGAAAACUGCCCCAUCUUCACAGGGCUGUCAAAAACGAGAGGGCCCCCCAGCAGCCCUCUGGUUGGCCUGAAACUAGAAUCGGCCCUCAGAGCCACAGAAUGCAUUUGUUUGACAAGAAGACUCAACUGAAGCCUGUGGCAAGCGCACAGGCAGUGCUGGAGCGCAACAGGGCAUGCCUGCCUGGAGAAGGGCAGAAGUCCAUCCUGCCCCCGCAGACAGAAGCCCAAAAACACCAGGAGACUCACAGGCUGCCGAUGCUGGCUAAGGCCAAAGCCGCGCUGGACCGGUACAAGGCGCGGCAGACGUCCAAGGGGGUGAACUCAGGCUCGCGCCGUCCGGCCAAAUCCAGAAUCAUCCUGGUGGGCCAAAGCACGCCCCAGUCAAAGGAAGAACUGGCAAGCCUGCCCGCGUUGGCCAUAACCAAAAUUUCAGAGGAGAGCAAGACCCACACCCCAAAGCAUCCCACCGCUGGACCAAAGAGAGGGUUUUUUAACCUAAGGAAGUUCUCAUCAAAAGUGGCACCCUCUACAACUUUGGAGAACACAGAUGAGCUCCCAUUGGACACUCCCACUGAGAUCAAGGAGGUUUUCUUCCCCUUUCCGAAUCCUCAAGCAGCCUUGAACCAAGGCUUCCUCCAACUCAGCUCUGACAACUGGGAGAAAAAGAUUUGCGGGCUCAACUCUUUUCGAAGACUGGCCCAGCACAACUCCGGCAUAUUGAGCCCAAAACUUCAUAAAAUCUGCAAGCUGGUCAUGCAGGAGGUGCAGAACCCGCAGUCCCAGGUGUCCCACGUUGCCAUGGCGACGCUGGGAGACCUAUACCAACACCUGCCCGACGACAUGGACGCCGAGCUGGACUGGACCGCCAAGGUGCUGCUCCAAAAAGCCGCCGAGUCCAACAACGGCAUCCGACAGGACGUGGGCGUGGCCUUGGGACACAUGCUGCGCAGCUGCAGCCCCGCCCGCUGCAUGAAGGCGCUGCUGAAAGGGGGCCUGAGUGACCGUAACGCAGCAGUGAGAGCAUGCGCCGCUCGCCAGCUAGCGGCUCUCGUCGAGUUUGUGGGGGCGCCACACCUCCUGACGUUCACUAAGAAGCUCCUGAACGACUUCCUGUCUGCUGUCAGCCGACUGCCUCAGGACGCCUCGCAGGAAGUCAGGAGCUGCGGCAAAACAAUAAUGCAAGCGCUGUCGGGGCAUGAGGAGAUGAACGAGAAGCUGCUGAAGUUCAUCUCUCAGCACCGCCCAGCCCUUCCCCACCGCCCUCAGUAAACUCCACACCUCUAAAAAAACAAAAAAAAACAAAA